GACCCUCAAUCUGUCAGCGUUUCGCGAAUGUCAGAUGUGCGUAUGUUUGGGGACAGCGAGACACAGCAGGAUAAGCGCACGUUGAUCCGAGAAAGAAAAACGUAUUUUUGAUAAAUGGCUACAAUGUUACUUCUCAUCAACUAACAUUGUCGUCUUAUUUCCAUUUCUGGAGUAGUUUGAAAUCACGGGUUUGUCGCUAAAGAUCUCCAGCCUGCAGUAAGACAUGUCGUUGGCAGAGCCAGCAGAGUUGCUGCUGAUAAGGGACCAGUAUGACCGUGCGUUGGAGUGUCUGACCAGGGGCCUGGCGGCUGACCAGGCAGGGCAGGGGCCCCAGGCCCUGGAGCUGUACAGGAGGGGCCGGCAGCACCUAACCCUGGGCCUGGAGGUCCCUACCAGGGGGCCACAGAACCAGGGAGCCCCCUGGGACACGGCCAGGCAGUUGCAGCAGAAGAUGAGGGAGACUCUAACUAACAUCAGCACCCGACUAGCAAACAUGGAGACAGCAGGGGUGGGGAUGGCGGGCCAGGGAGGCCCAGCGUUGGUGGAUCUAGUGGAUCUCUCUUCCCAGUGCCUCUACCCCACCCUGGGGCCAUUGGUGACCCCUAUGCCACUGCCUGGUUCCUCCAACCCCCUCCCCCAUCUCUACCCCACACUGCCACCCGGGGCUACCCCAACAGACAGCCUCUCUACAUGCAUCACCAUGGCCCCCUCCCUGCCCAUCCUCCCUGCCCUGCCCCUGGGGCUCCCAGGAGAGCAGCCCCCAGCCUACACCCCCCAGCCCACCGAUGGGCACCACAGCCUGGUUUAUAGCCCAGCCGGAGGAGGGGGUCUGGGGCUGGGGGGGCAGAGGGUGGGGGGACCUCCACAGCCAGAGGGAGGGGUAGGGGGGGACGGAGAGGAGCUUUUGUUCCUCCCUCGGGGGGUGCAGAUGUUUUUUGUGUCGUCGGAUGGCCAGGUGAGCGCCCCAUCGUACCCGGGUUAUCUACGCAUCAUCAGGUUCAGCAGCCAGCUCAAAGACAUGGCCAACGGAGGAGCAUCAGCCUUCCUACACGUGUGUGACUGGCUGUACCCCCUGACUCCAGACACCCCAGUGCUUCUGUCUACCUCUGGGAUCUUUAUGUUUCCUGACACCAUGGCGGGGAUACCCGGGUCCUACGUAGGGGUUGUGCUGUCCUCUGAACUGCCUGCAGUAGACAGACAUGCCUUUCAGGACCUCCUCUCACAACUCACUGAGCUACGGGUACAGGCUCCAGAGGAGGGGGCAUGGUCAGAGAUCAUGAACCUGAGUGAGAAGGUUCCCAUUGGUCCCCCUGUGGAGGGGGCGGGAGCAGGGACAGGGGAGGAAGAACUCCCCCUACCUGAAUGGAGCGAGAAGAUGUCCCAAGGCAUCCUGGCAGGUGCAUCGUGGCUGAGUAAAGGGUUUGUGCGUGGAGCGGAGGCCACAGGUAAGGCCAUCCAGAAAGGAGCGUCUAAGCUGAGAGAACACAUCACCCCAGAGAACGUCCCGGCUGAGGUCAGCCCUGGUGUUACCAAGGGCCUGCACCAUGCUAAACAGGCCACCGGGGGCGCUGUUCGCGUCAGUCAGUUCCUGGUGGACGGAGUGUGUACCGUAGUAGGCUGUGUGGGGGAGAAGCUGGCUCCGCAUGUAAAGAAACAUGGCAGUAAACUUAUCCCUGAGUCCAUGAAGAACACUAAAGAUGGCCGCUCCAACCUGGAUGGCGCUAUGGUGGUGGCAGUCAGCAGCAUAAAGGGUCUCUCCGCUAUGUGGACUGGUUUGGAAACUGGAGCUAAGAACAUCGGCAAGAGUGUCACCUCUGAGACGGUCAUGACCGUGAAGCAUAAGUACGGCGAUGACGUGAGCAAAGCCACGAACACGGGCAUCCAAUCAGUGAUCAACGUGGGCGUGGCCGCGUUCAACGUGGACAACUUGGGUAUCAAGGGUGUCCUGAAGACCGCCGGAAAACAGACCGCUAAAGCUGUGGUCAAAGAGCGAAACAAUACCCCGCAGGCGGCAGUCGGCGACCACAACCACAACGGAGGACCAGAGGAGAAAGAGAUGUGGGAGAGGAAGAAGGAUGAGGAAGACAAGAAAUAGAUGUCAUACUCAUUUAUGUGGCUCUUGUCUAUUUGGCCCCUAUACAUUUUAGCCCCGAUAUCUUUAAGCUGUGUUCAUAGGCCCCUAUAUCUUAAGAACCACUCUGUGUGCUAAUAGGCCGCUAUAUAUUUUAUCCCCUCUUUGUGUUCAUAGGCCCCUAUAUAUUUUGGCCCCUCGGUGUGUCAAUAGGCCCCUAUAUCUUUUGGCCCUCUCUGUGUUCAUAGAUCUGAAAGGGGUAAAUGCUGUACAUGUAAGAAUCAUGGUGAAAGCUCUUCACUGCCUCCAGUUUCCAAAAAGGAGCUUGCAUCAUAUUGUUUUUAAAUCUCUCCAGACCUUUCGGUGUAGGUUGAAGUUGCCCCUAAAAGCUGAUCUUGGGUGCUGUUUUGUACCCCCCCCCCUACACCUGUCCAUUGUGUUCCAUCUCACCUUACUGUAUGUAGACUACUUAACUGUUCAUUCCUCUGAAUGUUGGAGCCAUAUUAAAUGAAGGAUAUAUUUCAUAGAAUUUGUAAUAUAUAACAUAUUUGUAUCUGUGCCAAAAUAUACCAAUAUAUCAAUGACACUGUUGUUGAUUUUCUCUGUGCGGUU